AUGGGCGUCAGCUUGUCUAGAUCCCCUCCCCCUUAUCCUCAAAACAACCCCUCACCACACCCCCUCUCUUCACCCCCUCCCCCCCUCCCUGGCUCAAUUCACCCCACCAGCUUCUACACGGUGUUGUUCGGCGUCUCUCGAGCCAUGGGCGUGCUCUCUCAGCUGGUGUGGGACCGGGCCUUGGGAUUGCCGUUGGAGCGCCCCAAGAGCAUCACCAUGGACUGGAUUCAGCAACAUGCAGCAGACACGGGCUUUAAGGGCGAAGCUCACACGCACACACAUGCCGCCAAGACGGCAGCAUGA